GGCGCUGCUGCCCUGCGCAUGCGCCCUCCACUCCGGCGGGCUUCCGGCAGCCCAGAAGCUUCGGUGGAGCGGGGCGCUGAGGGGGUGGUGGCGGUGAUGGAGCGUUACAACCAGGCGGCGCUGAGCGCGGUGCCCGUGCCCGACUUCAGGCAAAAUGAGGGUUCAUUAACAUCAACUUUAAGAACACUUCUAUUCUUCACAGCUCUAAUGAUCACAUUACCUGUUGGGCUAUAUUUUUCAUCAAAGGCUUAUAUAUUUGAAGGUACCUUAGGAAUGUCCGACAGAGACAGCUAUUUUUAUGCUGCCAUAGUUGCUGUAGUUACUGUUCACGUGGUACUUGCUCUCUUUGUAUAUGUAGCAUGGAAUGAAGGUUCUCGACAAUGGCGGGAAGGCAAACAGGACUAGAAUGAAGAUCAUCAUCUGAUGCCUACAGACUGUAAAUCUAUUUUUUGUGAGCUGAAAGAAAAGCAUUCUUCAAAAUGUAUACUACGCAUGCACAGCUAUGAGGCUAAUGCCUCAACUCUGGUUAGAAUAAGAUUUGUCCUCAUCUUGAAUGUGUACCAGUGUUUUCUGUAAUGCUGAUGGAAGUUGUUCUUUAGCCAGCCUCUGCUAGGUUGAGCUGAGGAGGUCUUCACCUGGAAUUAGAAUGAAAUAAUUAUAUGUUUUUUAAAAAAAUCCUGUAGCUAUUUUUGCCAUUCCUAGUAUUUUUCUGGCUUGCUCUGAACAUAAUAUUGGCAUGAAGCAAGCAUUAUAUUUUCACGUAAUUAAAUUGCUAGUUAAAAAAGCUACAUUACUCACUAUCCAACUGCAGUGGAAAAGAUGGGAUUUCACUUUGCUGUGGAUGGUUUCCCGAUUUACGGGUAUUGUGGUUUGACCCCAGCCGGUAACUAAGCCCUACACAGCCGCUCGCUCACUUCCCUCGUGGCAGGGUGGGGGAGAGAAUCAGAAGGAUAGAAGUGAGAAAACUCGUGGGUUGAGAUAAAGACAGUUUAAUACGUAAAGCAGCAGUCAUGUGUGCAAGCAGAGCAGAACAAGGAAUUCAUUCCCCACUUCCUGUCAGCAGGCAGGUAUUCAGUCAUCUCCAGGAAAGCAGGGCUCCAUUAUACCUAAUGGUGACUUGGGAAGACAAAACACCCGUCAAUCCAAACGUCCAUCCCUUCUUCCCCCAGCUUUUUAUUGCUGACCAUGACAUCAUACAGUAUGGAAUAUCCCUUUCAUCAGUUGGGGUCAGCUGUCCUGGCUGUGUCUCCUCCCAACUUCUUGUGCACCCCCAGCCUACUCGCUGGUGGGGUGGGGUGAGGAGCAGAAAAGGCCUUGACUCUGUGUCAGCACUGGUCAGCAAUAACAAAAAACAUCUCUGUAUUAUCAACACUGUUUUCAGCACAAGUCCAAACCAUAGCCUCAUGCUAACUGCUAUGAAGAAAAUUAACUAUCCCAGACGAAACCAGUGUUGUGGGAUAGACAUAAAUAUUUCUGAGUUUAGAUGUAAUUGCAGAAAUAGAAUUGGUUAGAAACUCAGGUAAUGUCUUUCUAAUGUGAAAUACAAAGAGUUUUUUGUUUUCAGAUGUAAUUUUUUAUUACCGUGUAAAAUUCAAUCUUUAAUUUCCUUUUGGGAGGAUUGUCGUAUUACUGCAUUGCUCAUCUUUCCACUCUUCUGCAGUUAAUCUUGAGGAUGCAAAGGAAAUGGCAUCGCGUAUUUUUUUAUAUGUCUUUACAUUUAUGUAUCUCCUUGAUAAUUGCUAAAGGAUAUAGUUGGAUUUCCUGUGGUAAAGUAAUAUCAGUAACAGCUAUAAGCCACUCUCAUGGCUAAUAGAGGAACAAGCAAGCAAAAACAAGCUGUAGCCAUCUGCAAAAUGUCCUUUAUGAAGCAGAACAUGAGUAAUCACAUGGAAAAUUUUCUUCUCUUCAUACAUACUAACUUGUACACUGUGAAAUUAUAGAAUAUGUUGAUUGUUUUCUUUUUUUCUUGGUUGUGUGGAGAAACUUGCUGUAGUGAAACCACAGUGAGAUAUUUGUGUUGUAGGAUAACCUGAAUUUUAUUUCACUGUUGUGCUGUUGUUAGCAAGCUUUCAGUCUAUAGAUAAAACAUUUUCCCUAAGGUGCAAUGCAUAGAACUUACGCUGCUGAUUGCUGUUAAGCUGUUGUGCUUGAGGUCUUUCUGUUAAUUUGAGAUUUCCGGUUUGUUGUAUUAGUUGAGCAUUUUUUGGAAGUGGUUUGCUUAAUAUAGGGCUUGGAAUGGUUUUGGUGGUACAUUUGUCCAUGGUAAAACAUCCAUGAAUGAGACAAAAAUCAGUUAUCUGUGCCCAGUGGCUUGAGGAAUGUGUUCCCAGGUCUCGUUCUCUCAUCUCCACCCCAGUCCCGGGCAUGCGCAAGCAUAUGCACCAUAUCAUAUUAAUGCAAAUCAAUUUUUACAUUUUGUUUCUGAAAUGUUAGCUUUUUUCAUCCAGAAGCCAUUGUCAGGUUACUGCCAGCGAACUGGAGAAUGGUACGUAGUACCUGAAGUACAAAUUUAGUUUGUACGUUGGCAUAUUGGCUUCCUGUUCUCCAGUAUAUGAACUGUACAUUGUAGAAUACUGCCUUCUAAUAAAGGAACUGCCCCGCAAUACAAGAUCUGGUAAACAAGCACUUGUGCUGAACAGUUUUUGAAUGAUCUCUUUAAUACUGCUCAUGUAUAGCACAGCUUACAACAAAUAGAUCAGCUAUAGCACUGUUCAGUAGCGCUUUUUUUUGUUGUGGGGUUUUUUUUGUGUUUUUACUCCAUUUAUAGUGGAGAAUAAAUGGGAACAUAGCUGUCAUGCUUUACUAGCUGGGUCUUGUGCUAUAUCUAUUUUAUGUUUCACAUACCAGGAUCCCUAGACACUAAGUUAAUUUCCUAGGAAUAAUAGGGAAAUAAUUGCUUAUUAUAAUUGUUUAGUUACAAAACUGAAAAGUUGGGGUAAUGAGCUGAGCAUUAAUCCAUCCAUUGGAAGAUCUUCUUUGAAGAAAAUGCUUUCAUCCACAGUCGUCUUGAGAAGAGGCAACAUGAGUCUCUGCAUAGUAACAGUCAUGUACUGGGUUUUAUGUUGCCUAUGCUUGGAAGUUGAAACAACCACUCAGGUAAGUGGUGCAAUGAAAACAGUCAAGCAGUGGAAUUAGACCAUGACGAGGGUCCUCAAAACCAGAAACUGCAGCCAUGCAACGUAGAGUGUAUGUGGAGUAGAUACCCUACUGGGACUCCUGUUGUGCCUUACCAAUACUAAGGUUUAUUAUUUCAAGAGCUUUGUUGUGUUCUCUUUAGGUUGAGUGUUUCCUUGUGUGUAUCUGAUGUUCCUGUGUAAUGUCAAAGCUAAUUCUCAUGGCAAUUUUUAAUUGUUUAAUGGCUAUUGCGAUUCUUCUAGAGUUUUAAUAAUACAGUACUGAUCAAAGUUGUGGAGUGAUCAAUAUUCUUGUUGCUUUGGUUUUUAUUUUCUAUAAAGUGGUGAUGUGUUUUAAA